AUGGCUCGUACCCCCUCUCCCUUGAGUCCGAACUGCCUCCAGAGUUCCACGGACCUUGCCUCCUGCUGCACCAUCUUCCGCGCGAUCCCCGCAAGCUCGACCUCCUUCUGCUCCAUGAGCUGCUUGCUUGCGCUCCUCCUUGGACGCCUCCAUUCCCAGCAGCUUCUGGCCCAGCGGCGCCUGCCAGGUGGACUUCGGCCCGAGCUUGCCUCCAGCACCGUCGAACAGGCCCGCCUCGGAAGGAAAGGGCGGGACACGGGCGAGCGACGCCUCCCCCAAUCCCUCCUCCUCAUCGGACGCCUUCCCGCAGCGCCGCGGGCCGCGGCCGCGCCGCCGGGCCUCGCGCGCCGUGCUGGGCGCAGCCUCGGCGCCCGCGCCAAACGCGGCAUGCUGGGCCCCGUCGCGGCAGGCCUCGGAGCCGCCCGACGGGCGAGGCAGCUCCCCCGCUCGGGCCGCCGCCGCCUGCUCCACGAAGGACGGCCCCGCGAGGCGCUCUCAAGCGCUGACCUCGUCUCCGACAGCCGGGUCCGUCGCCCCCAAACCGAAGAGCAUCUCCGCACCCGUACGGAGGGCAGCCGCAGCGGCGGCGGCGAGGUGCUGGCGCCCUCCGCCACCUGCCGCCGCGCCCGCCGCGGUCGCCCGCCCGAGGGGGGCGAAGCGCCGCCAGCGCCUGGCUGA